AUGCCUAAUCUACACAGUUUGAAAAAGGUUUCUAAGCACAUAUCCAAGUCCAAAGGCAUCAUACAUGUUAAGGGACGAAAAUUCAAGCAACUUGAGAGAGCUACUUUGAGAGAUCAAAAAUUGCAAAGCAAAAGGAACCAAUCACAGAAACAAAGAGAAAAGGAAUUAUCAGUGGUGAAGUUUUUACAAGGUAAAGUACUAUCAUCUCAGUCUGAAAUAUUGACAUUAGCUCAAAUGAAAGAGUUUCUUGAAGAAUUUGUUUUGAGAUAUGAUGAGGAAGUAGAACAGAUGCAAGCUGAAAGGAGGCCAGGCAGUGCAUUAAGCAACAAAGGACAACUUUUGAUACAAGCUGCAAAAGAUGAGAAGAUUAAGUUUGAAACUGGAUACAAGAUACCGGACUUGAGCGACAAAAAUACAGUUGAGAAGUUAAGAACAUGGAAUGGUACCCCUGGGGGCACUUCGGUGAUGAAAUUUAUUUACGUGUCAAAAGACACUAAAGCAUUACCGUUAAAAGAGGAAGCCAUGGUUUGA